AUGGCGGCUUUCUCUGCAAACUACAAUCAUGCUCUCCUCCUUCUUCUCCCAGCCAUCCUCCUUCCAUACUGUGAUUCUCACCAAUCCCCCCUCCCCCAUCCCAAAUCCGCACACUUCACCAUAUACCAACACGACACGUUUAACAAAUCGGCAUAUCUCGUAACCGAGGGCUUACCAGGCAACUGGGAUCUCGUCACGCUAGGCACCCCGUUCGGCUCCCUCCUCGUCUUCCAAGAUGCUUUGACUGCAACCCAGGACCCAGAUUCAGAGGUGGUCGGUACUGUGGACGGAAUCUCCAUAGCUUCUCGUUUCGAUGGCUCCUUGACUGUUAGCACCUGCAAGUUCACUCUCAACACCGCCGCCUACAAGGGGACGCUUUCUUUCGUGGGAGGAACCCACGUUUCGGAGGCGUCGGAUCACCCCAUCGUGGGAGGCACCGGAGAUUUCUUGUUUGUUACGGGCUAUGGAACCUCCACGCUGGUGAAGCUGGAAGGUGUAGCGUCUGUUUACAGAAUAGAUCUUCAUCUCUACUGGCCUCCUUCCUAUGGCAGUCCUAAAAGCUCCAUCUAA